UAUCAACCACAGCUGUUCGACGUAAACAACCAUUCAUGAGCACAACGUGACAAUUUUUCAUCGAAUUUAGUGAAAUUUUGUUUCGAAAUGGCAGCAGAGUUACGUUCCAAGUAUCGUUCCAUCGUCGAGGAGAUGUUCAAUCGAUGGACAGCUCUUCGUCUCGCCGUCGAACAUGGAAUGCAUGUCGAAAAUAACGGAUUACAGGCAGCAAUCGAAAUUUUGGAUUACAUGACGGAUUACUGCUUGAACAUGAAAAAACUCGAAUCGGAUGACGUCCAGGAGGCACUUGACCAGAUCAUGGAUCAGGAAUACGACACAAUUUGCGAUGAUAACUCUACGCGAGAGCUCAGUUUGUAUCUCGUAAAGUACCUGACGAUGUUGCGCGAUGGCAAAGAUCAAGAAAUUAUCAAUGAAAUUAAUCAGUUGCCGGCGUGUGAAAAAUGGAUAAAUCCAAAGGCGAAAAUUAACUAUGUCACUGCCCCGGAAUCGGAUAGCUCGGAUGGAGAAGACAUGGAAACAGAGGUUGUUCCAAGUACGAGCGGGAGCACAACAGCAGUUCAAAUUGAGCCUCUUGAGGAAGUUGAUCCUGGAUGGACUGUCGUGAAAACAAAACGAAAAAAUAAAUAAAAAAAAUAAUUUUUUAAUAAAAAAAAAUUCAUGAAAAAAUCAUUAAAAUAAUUUUU